UCGCCAAUUCGCCAUAUACACACAUACCCAACGACGCACGCGCGUGCGCAAACCACCAACCAGAGCGAGUACCAACCGGCCGGCCCGCCCAACAAGCAGGCGGCUAGCCAUCGACGACCGAACACAUCGAGCUGCCCCCCGGCCGGUCAUAUAUAUAUGCAGGGCGGCGGCGGUGAUCAAACAGGAGGGAGCCUGGGCAUGGGCGUGGGCGUGGGGUACGCCGGCGGCGGCGGCGGCGGCGGCGCCGAGUGCUCGUCGUCCUCGGUGGCGGCCGCGGCUGCCGCCGCCGCGGCAGCGGCGGAGGCGGAGGAGCGGCAGCUGCUCAAGGGGGAGAUCGCGGUGCACCCGCUGUGCGAGCAGCUGGUGGCGGCGCACGUGGGGUGCCUGCGCGUGGCCACGCCCAUCGACCACCUCCCCCUCAUCGACGCCCAGCUCGCGCAGUCCAGCGGCCUCCUCCACUCCUACGCCGCCCACCACAGCCCCUUCCUCUCCCCGCACGACAAGCACGACCUCGACUCCUUCCUCGCGCAGUACCUGAUGCUGCUGUGCUCGUUCCGGGAGCAGCUGCAGCAGCACGUCCGGGUGCACGCCGUGGAGGCCGUCAUGGCAUGCCGCGAGAUCGAGCAGUCCCUGCAAGACCUAACUGGGGUGACGCUGGAGGAAGGGACGGGAGCGACCAUGUCGGAGGAGGACGAGGACGAGGCGCCGAUGCUGGAGGUGGGUCUGGUGGACAUGGGCUCCGACGGGCACGACAUGAUGGGCUUCGGCCCGCUCCUGCCCACCGACUCCGAGCGCUCACUCAUGGAGAGGGUCCGACAGGAGCUUAAGAUCGAGCUCAAGCAGGGUUUCAAGUCAAGAAUAGAGGAUGUGAGGGAGGAGAUUCUGAGGAAAAGGAGGGCCGGGAAGCUGCCUGGGGACACCACCAGCAUCCUCAAGCAAUGGUGGCAGCAGCACUCCAAGUGGCCAUACCCCACGGAGGACGAUAAGGCGAGGCUCGUUGAAGAGACCGGCCUGCAGCUGAAACAAAUCAACAACUGGUUCAUCAACCAGAGGAAGAGGAACUGGCACAACAACUCCCAGACGUCAACCCUCAAAUCAAAGCGUAAAAGGUGAUGGAGAGCUGCGCCACCAUGUACUGCACACCUGACACGUAUACCAAUUACCAACACGCUAAUCAAACGACGUACGGCCAUGCAUGGCGACUCACAAGAAAUAAAGAGGAUCGAUCGAUUCAACUGUAUAUUUCUAGUCAUUAGUCACUAGUCAGAGAGGUGACAGGUUCAUGACACACACAAACACACGUACACUAGUCUGACCACUGGCAUAUUUGCUUGCUGCUGUGAUUAAUAUAUUUUGAGCCGAUCAUGUGCUCGGACCAUACUUUAUUCUUGUUAUUAUUGUAUAGCCAUAGUUUGUCCACCCCACCCCCUGUGCACAUAUAUACAGUGACCUGAUCUGA